AUGGGAAAGUUGAGAGAGGCCUUCAGAGGACGACGGAGAAAAAGUCAUGUCUCUUCCAGCGAAACUGUCAAUCAGCCGAAAUCAUCGCUGUCGUCCGCUGAAGACUCUAUCUCGCUUGAUUUCCCUGACGGCGUUGAAAUUCUGCAUGACUGUCCUAAUGCGACGGUUGACAUAUGUUUCGUCCAUGGCUUGACUGGUGACCGAAUUACAACCUGGACUGCCCCGGGGCAGUCUGAUCCCUGGCCCAAAACGCUUCUUCCGCUGAAGCUCAGCACGGCUCGCAUACUCGCUUAUGGUUAUGACGCCUACGUGGUGCGAAAGUCAGUUGUGGGAUCGAACCGCUUAAUCGACCAUGCUACAAAUUUUCUAAACGAUUUGACAACGGAUCGUGAUCUUCACAAUGCAGCGUCUCGCCCUAUCAUCUUUGUCGCUCACGAUCUAGGCGGUCUGGUUUGCAAGGAAGCUAUCCUGCGCUCACGACAUAACCCUGAUGCCCACCUUCGGGGCGUAUUUAAUUGCACUAAAGGUGUCAUCUUCAUGGGCACACCACACAAGGGAUCAUGGAUGGCGGACUGGGCCAAAAUUUCGGCUAGUGCUCUGGGCCUGGUGAAGUCCACCAACAAGUCAUUACUAGACCUCUUGCGGACGGACAAUCAGCUUCUUGAAGCUAUCCAAGUUGACUUCUGGUCCAUGAUUCGAGAAUUGCGAGAGAGCGGCAGGCGCCUAGAGGUCAUUUGCUUUUUUGAAGAACUACCUCUGCCUGUGGUGGGAAAAGUUGUCUCUAAAGAGUCGGCCACGCUUGAGGGUUACAAUCUGAUCAGUAUUCAUGCCAAUCAUCGCGACAUGGUCAGGUUCAGUUCUGCGAAUGAUAACGGGUUCAAAAGGCUCCUUGGAGAGUUGGUUCGGUGGGAGUCAGAUUCAAGGUAUUCUGUCCAGCCUUAA